AUGUCACUUAAACUCACUUAUACGGUUGGUAAUCCAAGAGUUGGCAAGAUAAUAGUGGCUGCUCAAUUAGCCAAUGUUUAAAUUAUUAAUGAUUUUGUAGAAUUUAAAGCUUUAGAAGUACAAAUCUUUUAUAUGCAUUAGACACCAGCGUUUUUGGCUAAGAACCCUGUAGGUAAGAUUCCUUUGUUAGAAACACCUGAAGGAUAUCUAGCUGAAAGCAACGCCAUAUUGUAAUAUGUUGCCAGAGGAACCCCUUUGGUUGGAAUAACAGAUUUUCAAUAAGCUAAAGUAAGACAAUGGUUAGAUUUUACAUCGCUCGAAUUGGAACCUGCUCUACUUGGUUUACUAUUGCCAAUCCUUGGUUUUGGAUUGACAACACCCUAAAAAUAAGAAGAAAUAAAAAAAGAAUUGAAUUGGAAAUUAAAAAUCUUAGAAAAUCACUUUAAAACCAACAAUUUCUUGGUUGGCGAAUUAUUGACAAUUGCUGAUUUAAAUUUGGCAACAUAUUUCUAAAGAUUAUUUUCCUUUGCAUUUGAUAAACAAUACAGAGCUACUAUUCCAAAUAUAUCUAGAUGGUACAAAUAAGUAUCAGAAAUACCUGCAUUUGUGGAUGUAAAAUAUAUCUAUAAAUUAAGUAUUAUGGAAAGACGAAAUAUUGCGUAAAACCUUUUCCAUUAUAAUAUGAGUAAUAAUAAUAAUAAUAAUAAUAAUAGUAAAAAUAAUAGCCAUAAAAUACUUAAUAAUAAAAGGCUUCUCCAAAAGAUGAAGAUGAAGAAGAGAAACCAAAAAAAUAAUAAUGUGAGCUUGAUUUAUUACCUCAAUCAACUUUCAACAUUGACGAUUGGAAAAGAUAAUUUUUAGCAUCAAAAGAUUUUGCUGCUGAAUUUAAAACCUUUUGGAACAUUUUUGAUUCUUAAGGAUGGUCUAUUUGGAAUAUUAAAUACAUUAAGGCUGAAUAAGAGGGGAAGGCUUUGAUUUCGUUUAGAAAUAAUUGCAAUGGAUUUCUAUAAAGAACUGAUCCUCGUUUUAAAAAAUGGGUAUUUGCUAUUCAUGGUGUCUAUGGAGAUGUUCCAGAUCUAUAAAUCAGUGGAGCUUGGAUAUGGAGAGGAACUGAAAUCCCAUAAUUUUUAGUAAAAGAUUAAUUAAUAUUACUUAGAAAGAUCAUCCAACAUUUGAAUAUUUAUAAUUGACUAGGCUUGAUGCUUCUAACCCAGAAGACAGGGCCUUAUUUGAAGAAUAUUGGCUUAAUUAAACCGAAGAUGAAUCAAAGGUUUAAGGACUUACAGCAAGAGCAUUAUAUUAUUUUAGAUGA